AGGAGGCAUCGGUGACGAGCUGCUGUGUCUCCGAUCAGCGAUACACCUCGUUUCAGCACCACGUCGCUGUCCACUGACCGAACCAACCCAGGUAAACAUGUCCCAGGUGAAACAGGUGGGGCUGCUGGCUGCAGGCUGUCAGCCCUGGAACAAAGACGUCUGUGCAGCCAGCGGGGACAGGUUCGCGUACUGUGCCACGCUUGCCAUAUACAUCUACCAGCUCGACCACAGGUACAAUGAGUUCAAGCUGCGAGCCAUCAUGUCGGAGCACAAGAAGACCAUCACGGCCAUAUCGUGGUGUCCGCACAACCCCGAGGUGUUUGCGAGCGCCAGCGCCGACAACCUGCUCAUCAUCUGGAACGUGGCGGAGCAGAAAGCCGUGACUAGGCUGGAUAACACCAAAGGCAUCCCCGCAUCUCUAAGCUGGUGCUGGAACGCGGGGGACGCCGUUGCAUUUGUGUCCCACCGGGGUCCUCUCUACGUGUGGACCAUCUCGGGGCCCGACGCCGGUGUUGUGGUCCACAAAGAGGCCCACAGCUUCCUGUCCGACAUCUGCCUGUUCCGCUGGCACCCGCUGAAGAAGGGCAAGGUGGUGUUCGGCCACACGGACGGGAGCUUGUCUAUUUUCCAGCCAGGGGCCAAAAACCAGAAGCACGUACUACGGCCGGAGUCGCUGGAGGGCAGCGAUGAGGAGGACCCGGUCACGGCGCUCGAGUGGGACCCUCUGUCUACCGACUACCUCCUGGUGGCCAACCUCCAUAACGGUGUGCGGUUGGUCGACUCUGAAUCCCUGUGCUGCAUCACCACGUUCAGCUUCCCCAGCUCCGCCGCCUCUGUCCAGUGCCUGGCCUGGGUGCCCAGUGCCCCUGGCAUGUUCAUCACAGGGGAUUCCCAGGUGGGCAUUUUGAGGAUAUGGAACGUGUCGAGAACAAUGCCGCUGGACAACUUCAAGCUGAAGAAGACCGGUUUCCACGCGCUGCAUGUGCUGAGCUCUCCUCCUGCCAGGAAAUCCUUUGUGACAGUAUCGCCCUUGAAGAACCACCACACAUCAUCAACAAGUGAGGCUGUUCCCCCACCCACUCUAUGCCAGAACCAUGCCUUCUCGCUGCCCCCGGGCCAUGUGGUCUGCUGCUUCAUGGACGGCGGCGUGGGCCUCUACGACAUGGGAGCCAAGAAAUGGGACUUCCUCAGGGACCUGGGCCACGUGGAGACCAUAUUUGACUGCAAAUUCAAGCCAGAUGACCCAAACUUGCUUGCGACAGCUUCAUUUGACGGGACCAUAAAGGUGUGGGACAUCAAUACAUUGACAGCAGUGUACACCUCCCCUGGGAAUGAGGGGGUGGUGUACUCUCUGUCCUGGGCCCCAGGAGACCUGAACUGCAUAGCGGGGGCCACGUCACGCAACGGUGGCUUCAUCUGGGAUGUGAAAAAGGGCAAAAUGAUCACUAGGUUUAAUGAGCAUGGGAAGAAUGGCAUCUUCUGCAUUGCCUGGAGUCACAAGGACUCAAAGCGGAUAGCCACCUGUAGCGGGGAUGGGUUCUGCAUAAUCCGCACCAUCGAUGGGAAGGUCCUGCACAGAUACAAACACCCAGCUGCCGUGUUUGGCUGCGACUGGAGCCAAAACAACAAAGACAUGAUAGCCACAGGCUGCGAGGACAAGAACGUGCGGGUGUACUACCUGGCCACCAGCUCCGACCAGCCGCUGAAGGUGUUCACUGGGCACACGGCCAAGGUGUUCCAUGUGCGAUGGUCUCCGCUCAGAGAGGGGAUCCUGUGCAGUGGAUCUGACGAUGGGACGGUGCGGAUCUGGGAUUAUACCCAGGACGCUUGUAUCAACGUGCUGAGUGGACACACUGCUCCCGUUCGAGGGUUGAUGUGGAACACGGAGAUCCCAUACCUGCUCAUCUCAGGCAGCUGGGACUACACCAUACGUGUGUGGGACACCCGGGAUGGAACCUGUCUGGAUACUGUCUAUGACCACGGAGCCGAUGUCUACGGGCUGACAUGCCAUCCCAGUCGACCGUUCACCAUGGCCUCCUGUUCCCGUGACUCCACUGUGAGGCUGUGGUCACUCACACCACUCAUCUCCCCUCUCCUGGUCAACAUCCUGGCCGAUCACAGCUGGGAGGACAUUAUGGGCAACACAGAUCGAGCCAUGAUCACUGGUGCCCCACCCUUGCUCUGUGGCAAGGUGUCCAGAGACAUAAAGCAGGAGCUGGACAAGCUCUCUGGAGAUGUUCGCAUCAAGAAGCUGAGGUGGUUCUCUGAAUGCUUCUCUCCCCCUGGGGGGAGCCACAACUUGUGGGACCUGGUGGCGGUGAUCACCGGCCAAGACGACAGCCUGCUGCCCCAAAGCUACAGCAACGGCAUCAUGCACAUGAAGCACCUGGUCCGCUUUAAAACCUCAGAAGCCCAGGAGUUAACAAUAGUAAAGAUGUCCAAGUUUGGUGGCGGGAUUGGCGCUCCCAGCAAAGAAGAGCGACUGAAGAAGGCGGCCGAGAUCCAUCUGCGCCUGGGACAGAUCCAGCGCUACUGUGAGCUCAUGGUGGAGCUCGGGCAGUGGGAGAAGGCAUUAUCAGUAGCCCCUGCUGUGUCUAUGAAGUACUGGAAGAAACUGAUGCAGAGGAGGGCUGAGCAGCUCAUCCAGGAGGAGAACGACGACGUCAUCCCGUACUGCAUUGCUACAGGCGACGUCAAGAAGCUGGUGAGCUUCUUCACUUCCCGGGGGCAGCUGAAGGAAGCUCUUCUGGUGGCGCAGGCUGCUUGUGAAGGAAACAUCCAUGUGCCUCCGAUGUCUUCGACGAAGAACUCCACAAGUCCAGAUGACAACAACAUGGAAGUGUAUAACGGACUUCUGCACGGCGUCUGUGAAGAGCUGGCUGAGUGGUACUUCCAGGAUGGGCGCACGGUGCUGGCGGCCUGCUGUCACCUGGCUGUGGACAACAUGGAGCUGGCUAUGGCAUGCCUGAUUCGUGGGAACGAGCUUGAGCUGGCCGUGUGUGUGGGGGUUGUGCUCGGAGAGGUGGCCCAGCAAGCCACUAACUACGCCCUAGAACUGCUGGCGAGGAAGUACAUGAGCGCCCCCACAUGGGACCUCGCUGCCAAUUUGCUUCGAAUGAUUCCAGACAACGAAAUCCUGUUAGUGAAGCUGUGCGCUUUCUGCCCUGGAAACACAGCUGAAAUCAAUGAUCUCCGUGAAAAAUGCAGUCUGCCCAGUCUAGAGGAGUGCCAAGGACUGGCCGAGUCUGCCGCUGCCGACGGGGAUGUUUUCCAAGCUGCGAAGUUCUACCUUCUGAGCUCGGAGCCCGAAAGAGCCCUGGCGAUCGGCAUCACGUUCGUCAAAGAACAACUGAGUAGUUCUGAAUGGACGGUGGAGUCAGUCCAUCCUAUUCUUGACCUGCUGAGUUACAUCCGAACGGACAGACUCAUUCUGCCAAAGUGUAGUGAGGACCGCAACCAGUUGCUUAUCCUGUGUGGGUACAUUGGGGCCCUGCUGGCUAUCCGCAGGAAGUACUCCAGCAUCGUCCCCGCACUUUAUGAAUACACAAGCCAGUUGCUGAAAAGACGAGAGGUGUCCGUCCCGCUGCAGAUCGACCAGCUGUCCGCGGAGCUGGAUGCCUGGCGAACGUAUACCUACCCUCUGAACAAGUGUCCCGAGGAGGUGCCGUACAGCCCGCCAUCAGAGGCCCAGAAGGCCGAAUACUGUGUGCUGAUGAGCCGUAUCGGGCAGGAGCCCCUGAGAGGGAUGGAGGGGCCCGAUUACGUCACCGGAUCCAACUUCCCGAGCCACUCAGACGUCCAGAUCUCCUGUUUCACCGGGCUCCGGAUACAGGGUCCUGUUUUCUUCCUCGAAGAUGGGAAGUCUGCUAUCUCCCUGAACGACGCCUUGAUGUGGGCAAAAGUGAACCCAUUUUCUCCCCUGGGGACAGGAAUACGUCUCAAUCCUUUCUGAACACACACAUGCGCGCGCACACACACACACACACACACACACACACACACACACACACACACACACACACACACACACACACACACCCUGCAAUCCUGCUUUUAGGGGUUUCUGAAGGGGGUUAAGAGACUUACCUGUGGACAGCUAAUGGACUGACAUGUCACAAUAAGCUAAAGCAGAAAAAAAAAAGCAUUUGUUAUUAUUUACCAUUCCAUAACUGAAUUAUUUAGUCUUCAGAGCACAAACAGAAAUGAGUUUACAAACCGCAGAUUCUUUUUAAAUGAAAAUUCAAAGGAAUAUAAUUAAAUGGAAGGCUUUUGGACUUUUUAAAUUUUAUUUUCAUGAAAUAAUUGUUGCGUGUUUAGCACAUAAGGCAGAGCAAACUUUUAACGGGAAGGACCCCUCCAAGGCACGGCAAGCGAAACAGUUCAGCCUUCUGAGAGUUAAACGGUACUUCCAGGGUCUAGACUCAGCCUGAUUUGAAUAUUCAAAUCUGGAACGUUGCCUUCAAGAUCAUAUCGAAAAAUGUAAUGUAGUGUGUCGUGUUUGUUUCAGUUUGUUUAAAUACUAUGUUAUAAAUUGAGAAAACAUUUCUUGCAGAAGAAAUUUAAGCACUUUUUGGUUACCUUGACACUUUACUAAACAGAAGGUGCUGCAGAAACCGGAGCCCGUAUUCGUGAGCAAAACAGAUCUGUGGUUGUCGACUGCUACGAGAUUUAAGGAAAAAUGUUUUCAAUUGUAAAAUGAGCCGCUGUCGACUUCUGUUCUCAUCUGUCGAGUGCUGCCAUCGCUCAGUCCUCUCAGUAUUGUCUUACCCUGUUUACUGACGGGUGAAGAGUCCAGUCUUUGUGGAAUAUUAAGAUUAAUUAUCUAGUCUGACUCACCUGCUUUGCAGCGAAACAGUUUUGGCAUUAGCAUGUUAUGUAUUUUGACUGUGAAUGUAAAACACUUAUUUUUGUAGAACCAAAAAAAGAGAAGAAAAGAGAUAUGCAGGUUUUGAGAUUUAUUUAUUGGCUUGUUGUACUUUAUUAUACGUGUAUUUGGCUGUGCCAUGUUGACAGAUCAGGGAUGAUCAGGGCUGCAGGCUGAAAGGGGUGCUGAGGAAAAUAGAAUUUACUAUUAUUAUUAUUAUUAUUAUUAUUAUUAUUAUUAUUACAAAAUCAA